AGAGACUCACCAGGCGACUACGUGGGAAAAUUUGGGAUAGUGACAACUACAAUUGGGUUCUCAACAUGGCUGGAGAAAGCGCAAAGCCGCAGGUUUCUGAAGGCGUCCAAACCGACCUCCCUGAUCGGUCCGUCUCGUCCACUCCCACUGCCCCUCAGCAGAAAGCGGGCAAGCCAAAGCCGAAGAAACCAGAGGAGACGCCCCUUCCAGACUUCAUCGUCGAGCGUAAUAGGCUGUUCGCUGAGUUGAAAAGGGCUGCUGAUGAGGAAUUAAAAUCCAAACCUCGAUUUGACAUUACGGUCACCCUCGAUGUCGGUGACGGCCCGCCGGCAACAGUCAUUGCCAAGGCUUGGGAAUCUACGCCGGGCUCUUUCUUGAAGGACAUACCAAAGGAACUUAGCUCAAAUGUUGUUAUUGCGAAGCUUGAUGGCAAACAACUCUGGGACUUGGAUCGGCCUCUGGAGAGAGACUGCAGGGUUUCCUAUCUUCCCUUUGACUCAGCAGAGGGAAGGGAGGUGUUUUGGCACUCCAGUGCGCACGUUUUGGGUGAGGCUGCCGAGUGCGAAUAUGGCUGUAUGCUUUCGCAUGGACCUCCCACCGCCCAAGGAUUUUUCUAUGAUAUGGCUCUGCCAGACAACCGAGUCGUGAAGGAAUCGGACUGGCCCUCUUUGGAUUCCCGGUCCGCGAGAAUCUUCAAAGAAAAGCAAUCCUUUGACCGAUUGGAGGUUUCGAAAGAAAAUUUGAGGAAGAUGUUCAGUUACAGCAAAUAUAAAAUGCAUUAUAUCAAUAACCUUGUUGAAGGAGAGAGCAGCACCGUGUAUCGGUGUGGAACGCUCGUUGAUUUAUGCAGAGGACCUCAUAUUCAGAAUACGGGCAAAAUAAAGGCAAUGAAGAUCAUGCAGAACUCUUCUGCAUAUUUCCUGGGUGAUCAAUCAAAUGACUCCCUCCAACGGAUUCGUGGUGUGGCGUUCCCCGAUAAGAAGUCACUGCAGGAACAUCUAAAAUUUCUCGAGGAGGCCGAGAAGCGCAAUCACCUGAAAAUCGGAAAGGAACAGGAGCUGUUCUUCUUUGACGAGGUGUCUCCUGGUUGUCCCUUCCUCCUCCCUAACGGUACCAAAAUUUUCAAUGCACUGCAAAAACUUCUCCGUACAGAAUACCGCAAACGCGGCUAUCAAGAAGUUCAAUCACCAAACAUGUACGAUGUUGGCUUGUGGCGUACUUCUGGUCAUUGGAAUCAUUACAAAGACGAUAUGUUCAAACUUGCCGUGGAGAAACGGGAGUGGGCCUUGAAGCCCAUGAACUGCCCCGGUCACUGCAUUAUGUUCAAUCAUCGUGAGAGAAGCUACCGGGAACUGCCCCUCCGUAUGGCGGAUUUCGGCGUACUUCAUAGAAAUGAGGCGUCCGGUGCAUUACAUGGAUUGACUCGUGUUCGGAAGUUCCAGCAAGACGAUACGCACAUCUUCUGCACUGAGGACCAGAUCACCCAAGAAAUCGAAGGCCUCUUUGACUUCCUUCGCGCUAUCUAUGGUCUUUUUGGGUUCAGUUUCAAACUCAAACUAUCAACCCGGCCAGAGAAAUAUUUGGGCAAACUUGAGACUUGGGAUUUUGCUGAAGCUCAAUUGAAGGAGGCCCUUACCAGAUUUAAAGGAUCAGAUUGGGAAAUAGAUGAAGGUGAUGGUGCAUUCUACGGACCAAAGAUCGAUAUUACCAUUCAGGAUGCUCUUAAGAGAGAGUUCCAGUGUGCUACCAUCCAGCUCGAUUACCAGCUGCCUCAAAACUUCAAGCUUGAGUACAUGACAAACGAAAUAGCUAAACCCAAGGCUCCGGAGCCUAAGAAGGAGGAAUCUGGACCCCGGGAAGGUGGUGAUAGUAAAGCUGCUGACUCUGAUGAUGGUGUCCCGGGACCUGGACGUGCGCGGCCUGUUAUGAUUCAUCGCGCCAUCAUCGGUAGCUUUGAACGCUUCUUCGGGAUUUUGAUUGAACAUUUUGGUGGAAAAUGGCCAUUCUGGCUCAGCCCUCGACAGAUCCUCAUUGUGCCAGUUAUGCCUGCCGUCUAUGAUUACGUGGAGGAGCUCCAAGGUAUCCUUCGCGGCGAUAAACUGAACGUAGAUAUCGAUGUCAGCGGAAAUACUCUGCAGAAGAAAAUUCGAAAUGGCCAGUUGGCUCAAUAUAAUUUUAUCUUCGUUGUCGGAGCACAAGAAAAGGAAACCCGCACGGUCAACAUCCGGAACCGAGAUGACCCCAGCUCCCAAGCAAAGGGAAGCUUGGUCCCCCUUAAUGAAGCCAGAGAGAAAUUGCGUGCUUUGCGCAAGGAACGCCGCCUUGUCAAUGCGCUGUAA